UUUAUAUAGAUAUGUAUAUGUAUGUAUGUAUAUAUGUAAGUGUAUAUGCGUGUGUGUGUGUAUAUGUGUGUGUAUAUAUAUAUACAAUCCAUCUAUCUAUUUUCUAUGCCACCUAUCCUCACAGGGGUAGGCUGGAGCCUAUCCCAGCUGACUGACAUUAUUACAUUAAUACACAGAUAAUAAUAUGGGAUGCAUUCUAUUUAUAGGCACCCAAACUAUAAUAUCCCACAACACUGUACCAAUUAAACUAAGACUAAUUAAAAUUACAGUGGUAAUCACAAUGGCUACACUGAAUGACGGAUACCCAACAUUAAAAAAUAUAUUAUACAACCAAAGAAGAAGCUGAAGAAGAAGAUAAAUAUGAAUAAAAUGACUUUUAUGUCGUUUUCCUUCCACUUUAUGAAAAAUGUGUAAACACCGCCCUCUGCUGUUAAAAACCAAACAUCACUAUCCAACCUGCAUUUUAGCGCAAGCUAAUAUUUCCCAACCAGGAAGUACGGUGGCCUUUAAAAGAUGAAAGGCACUUGGCAAUAACCUGUGUACUUCUAGUACUGUGUAAGUACUUUAGUACUUAUAUUAUAAAUGACACUUUUUAUGUAGUUGUGAGUACCUAGCCGUCGGUUUGUCACCAAACCACGUGGACACAACCAGGAAGUGCUGCAUCCCCAAAAAGGGGCCGGGCACGUGGUGACGUCACCAUCGAAAAAGCGCAAAUGAAAGCGUUGCUUAUCACACAUCGUCUUGUGGUUCGUGAAUGCCACAUCAACAGAGGAUAAAGCCUGCAGCCAACUUGGCACAACAAUGACUUUCGGCAAAGCAUCUCUUGUGUUGGUGUCGAUACUCUGCAAUCUGUCUGUGGUGACAUUAAAAGACAGCCCUGUGCCGUGCUACACCAUCGAGCCUGGCAUGGUGGCAGGUAUUGUUAGCGCAGAUGUGGUGUUGACUCUCUUCCUGGUUUUCCUCACCUACUUUUGCACCAUCUCCAUGCAUCAAAAAAAGCAUCGUCGAGAACACGGUGACAAAGUGUAUGUGAAUUUCUUCAGACACAAGACCUGAUUUUUGUAUUAAAUUGUUUGGGUAUUAAUAUUCAAUUCACUUUUGUUAUUCAUUCAUUCAUUCAUUCAUUUUCUACCGCUUAUCCUUACAAGGGUUUUGAGCGUGCUGGAGCCUAUCCCAGAAA